GGCUUCCCGCCUCUGGGUGGGCGAGAGCGGAAUGUCUCCGUCCCUCCCCUCUGCUCAGGGCCUCAGUGCAGAACCGUCGGCGGUCGGAGCAGCAGCAGCAGCAGUAGUAGCCGUCACUUGGGCUAGGAUCCUCGCCACGCCGCCUCCUUCCUCCCAUUCUCCACCCCAGCUCCAAAGCCCAUAAGGCCUCCGUCACUCCCGCGUCCCAAGAGCCUUCCUGAGGAACCGCUGACCCAGCGCAUCCUUCCUUCUCUAGUCGGCGGCGCCGAGAGAAGCCCCGGGUGGGGGUGGUUACUGCGGGGGUGAGCGAAGGUUAGCGGCCGGCAUGAUGCGGCUCCGAGGCUCCGCGAUGCUGCGGGAGCUGCUGCUGCUGCAUCCGCCCGCCGCCGGGGCGGCUCUGAGACGGGGACAGCCCCUUACCACCUUGUGCCGGCGCCCCCGAGGCGGGGGCCGGGCUUCCGCCGCCGCCCGAGAGUUGUUCCCCUGGCGGGGUGGAGGCGCCCGCCGGCCCGCUACGCCUCUGGCACGGGGGCUGUCGAGCUCCCACUCGGAAAUCCUGCAGGAGCUGGGCAAAGGGAGCGCCCAGCCCCAGCCAACGCAGAUGCAGCCGCCUUCGCCGACCCCCCCUAAGGACGGCUCCGGCGAGGCCAACGCCUAUGGCAACAGCGAGGGGAAGGAGCCGGCAGGGGGAGAAAAUAAAAUCAAACAGGGUCUUCUACCUAGCCUGGAAGAUUUGCUGUUCUAUACCAUUGCAGAAGGGCAAGAAAAAAUACCAGUUCAUAAAUUCAUUACCGCACUGAAAUCUACAGGAUUGCGAACUUCUGAUCCCAGGUUGAAAGAGUGCAUGGAUAUGUUGAGAUUAACUCUUCAGACAACAUCAGAUGGUGUCAUGCUAGACAAAGAUCUUUUUAAAAAAUGUGUUCAAAGCAACAUUGUGCUGCUUACACAGGCCUUUAGGAGAAAGUUUGUCAUUCCAGACUUUAUGUCAUUUACUUCACACAUUGAUGAAUUGUAUGAAAGUGCUAAAAAACAGUCUGGGGGGAAGGUUGCUGAUUACAUCCCUCAACUGGCCAAGUUCAGUCCAGAUUUGUGGGGAGUGUCAGUGUGUACAGUGGAUGGACAGAGGCAUUCCAUUGGAGAUACCAAAGUUCCCUUUUGUCUUCAGUCCUGUGUAAAGCCCUUGAAAUAUGCCAUUGCUGUAAAUGACCUUGGGACAGAAUACGUGCAUCGAUAUGUUGGAAAAGAGCCUAGUGGAUUAAGAUUCAAUAAACUUUUCCUGAAUGAAGACGAUAAGCCUCAUAAUCCUAUGGUGAAUGCUGGAGCAAUUGUUGUAACUUCGUUAAUAAAGCAAGGAGUUAAUAAUGCUGAAAAAUUUGACUAUGUGAUGCAAUUUUUGAAUAAGAUGGCUGGUAAUGAAUAUGUUGGAUUCAGUAAUGCCACGUUUCAAUCUGAACGAGAAAGUGGAGAUCGAAAUUUUGCAAUAGGAUAUUACUUAAAGGAGAAAAAGUGUUUUCCAGAAGGUACAGACAUGGUUGGUAUAUUAGACUUCUACUUCCAGUUGUGUUCUAUUGAAGUGACUUGUGAAUCAGCCAGUGUGAUGGCUUCCACAUUAGCUAAUGGUGGUUUCUGCCCAAUUACUGGUGAAAGAGUGCUGAGCCCUGAAGCAGUUCGAAAUACACUAAGUUUGAUGCAUUCUUGUGGCAUGUAUGACUUCUCAGGUCAAUUUGCUUUCCAUGUUGGUCUUCCUGCAAAAUCUGGAGUUGCUGGGGGCAUUCUUUUAGUUGUUCCUAAUGUUAUGGGAAUGAUGUGCUGGUCUCCUCCAUUGGAUAAGAUGGGCAAUAGCGUUAAGGGAAUUCAUUUCUGUCAUGAUCUGGUUUCUUUGUGUAAUUUCCAUAACUAUGAUAAUUUGAGACACUUUGCAAAAAAACUUGAUCCUCGAAGAGAAGGUGGUGAUCAGAGGCAUUCCUUUGGACCCUUGGAUUAUGAAAGUCUCCAACAAGAACUUGCUCUAAAAGAUACAGUAUGGAAAAAAGUGUCACCUGAGGCAAAUGAGGACAUCUCCACAACUGUAGUGUAUAGAAUGGAAAGUCUGGGAGAGAAAAGCUAAAGGAAAUGGGAUCUAGUGUCAGAAUUUUCUUUAUUGACGCUUAUGAAAUGUCUUUUGUUUCAUGCAUAUUUUCAAUAUUUAUUUGAUUAUUAUUAUUAUUAUUUUGUUUCUUAACUUUUGGGACAAGCCAUGGACUUUUAUCUAUCCCAUUCUAAUCCUUGUGUAAAACUAUCAAAAAUCAAAAACUUGGAUUCAUUGGCCUUUUCAAAACUGAAAAAUAGGCAUCAAAGAAAAUAUAUUUUUAAAGAAAACUGUAAAAAGGAAACAUGUCAUUUAGUUUAAAAUUCUCUUCUAAAAAUAUUUUGCAACAAUUAGUUUUAUAUACCCACACAUUUUCAAAUUGGAAAAAUAGAAGCUCUUGAUUUCGAAUCUAUUAUUAAACCUUUAUUUUUCAGUUCUUUAAGCUGACUGACAUGGUGUCUAUAAUAUCAUUUUCUUAGCCAAAUGCAAAGAGCAGAGUAACCAAUUUUCAGGUUUAUUUUAUUUAAUGUUAAUCAUUGACACCAUAUCAGAAUUGUUCUAAAAUACAAAGUGACUUCAAGUUAAGCUCAGAAAUAUUUUGUAGCACUUUUUGAUACUUUUUAUUACUUGCAACAUUCUUAGCAAUUUUUUUGAGGUCUGGUAGUGAAUAUAUGUAGUGCCUAGUUAUUCUUUGCAAUCCCAGUGUUUCAGUAAUGAUGAAAUUUCAUGGGUAGGAGUAACUUGUGUUACUCCUGAACAUUCCAGCCAGAAUAACUUCAGGUAUAAAAUUAAUGCUCAAAUUGCUUGUAACUAGAAGGAACAAAAGUAUUUCUAAAAGAAAUUGUCUCUAAUUAUUAGCAGUUUUAUUUUCAUUUUCCAACUUAACUUUUUCUAGAUGAUAAUUAAACAAAAAGGAUUUUUGUUUUCUUUAACUUUUCAUGAAGGGUGUUUUUUUCCUCCACAAUAAAGUAGGAACACAUCUGUUAGCUUCCAAGGAUGUUUUAUUUGCACUGUUUAAGUGUAUUGACAUAGGAAUGGACUAAAGAACUUUUUGGAAUUUCGUACUACAUCAAGACAUUUUAAUUUUAUAUUCUAAUUCCUUGAAGUUAGAUUUCUAGUUACUCGAAAUGUGUAUUGAGAAUAACAUGUCCAAAAAAAAACCUGGUAACUAUGAUAAACAUACUUAAAACUCUUUUGACAAAUGAUAUUUUGAAAUUACACAGGACCUAGUCACAAUUCUUCCCUCAGUUUACCUGCUUGCUUUACCCAAAGUUCGAUCAUAGGCCAGUUCUUUAUUUUUGUUGAAAGCUGUAAUCAUUUCUUUUGAGAGGGAUAGAGCAUGUAGACUUGUAAUUGUAGGUUAUACAUGUCAACAUGUCAGAGUAAAGAUUACUAAAGGAUAAUAAGACAUAAAAGAAAGGUUGUUCAGAACACUUAGAGGGAUCUUUUGACUGUGUAAUAACCAAAAUGAAGAGAUGUUAGCUUAAGGACAAGGCAGUGUGGCAUUACAAAGCUUGUGUUCAAAGUCCACCUCAGACAAUUAACAACGGCUUUGUGACCCUGAGCAAGUCACUUAACCUCAGUGCUCUAGACAGUGCUCAAAGACAAAACCUUUUAAGGUUUUUCCCAUGAGUCAUAGGGUUGUUUAAAAUAGUAUGAUACAUUACUGCUAUGAAAGCCAUUAUUAUUGUUAUUUUUAUUUUUAAAGUAGGAAAGACUUUUGGAGAACAUCUUUACUAUUGUAACCUUGGACUUGAUUCAGACUGCUACAACAAUCCUCAUAUAAUUGCCAUUAAAGAUUUGAACAGGUUGAAUGCCUAAAGCAGUGAAUUGGGAGAAGGUUCUCUUUUUUUCUCCCCACUUAUCCAACUCCUGCUACUAUUCAUUUUGUCAUAAGUUUUAUUUUUUAGAGUUAACAUAUUUAAUAAAAUUGAUUUUUUUGUUAAUAAAACUGGACGUAGUUACGAAAAUUAUCAUGAAAAGGAACUGUUAUAUUUUCACCCAUUGAUAUAUAUUUAUAAUCAUAAGUUGUUUGUAGGAUUUACCUGACUUUGUUGAAAAACUUUAAUUUUCAUUUAGAAGUAGGAUAACCACAAAAUUACCCAGUAAGUUUAUAGAAAAAGAACCAAAAAAUUUAAGAAAAUAUUCGAUCUUUGGAGGAAAGAGAGAAUGAAAUGAGAGGGAAGAUAUACUUGUGAAUAGGACCCAAAGCAUUAGUUAAAAAAAAAAAACUUCCAGGGUUUAAAGGCUUUAUCUUGCAUCUUUCAGUAUUACCAGUACUAUUUCCAAGAUGAUCCUUUAAAAAUGCCUAUGACUGUUGGAUUUCAUUUGUUUCAUACCAUUACUGAUUCUUGAUAUUCAAGCAUUUUAGAAGUUAGUAUGUUUUUCUUUGUUGGCAUCAUUGACAUUUCAUUUGAAAUGUACAUUUCUUUAAAUACUUUGUUUUUUAGCAUAAAUGUUGUGCAUUUUGCUUGAGUAUUUAGAUUUAAAACAUUUGUCUUAUUUAGCCUCUUUUUCAUUGCUUUGUAUAUUUAAUGUACCUUUUGUUUCCAGCAUGCAUAUAUUUUGUAUUGUAUAAUAAAUUUAUUUUAAGCUGAUUUUAUUGUUUUGAACGUGUUUUUGAUGAAAACAACUCCAACUAUUUAUUCAGAUCUUAUGUUGGAGGUUUUUAAUUUAGAAAAAAAAAUUACCUGCUAUAAGAAUACCAUCAAAAGUGUUAACAUUUAAUCAUAAGACUGCUAUGAAGAGAAACUGGAAAUACUUAAAGGUGCAUCAGUUGCUUUUUUUUCUGCAGUGUGGUUGUUGGGGGAUAUUUUUUGUUUUCAUUUUGUUUUUGUUUGUUUUUUAUUGGUUGUGUACUAGAAGCAUUUAAAUAAAGACUUUUUUCUUUGA